AUGAACAAAAUAAUUCAAAAAGAUAAUUCGGUCGUAUACCAUAUUAAGGUAAUUAGUUGGGUAGUAUUUUAUGGACACGAGCUUCUGUUACGGUACUUAUUACAUCUUGCUUCGACACAAAAUGAUUCACCGUGCAAAAUAUUCGAUGAAACCAGAAGUGAACAAACUAGACUUCUCACUUUAGGAUGUUGCAGUGGGGACUUAGACACAUUAAAGAUAGUACUGGAAAAUGUAGAACAUGAAUGUCUUAAUGCCACAUUGUUGCAGAACAAGGAGGAUUUUGAAACAAAAGACAAAAAUAGACAUCGAUGCAAAACACCCCUCACUGCCGCUUGCUUGCAUGUGGGUGUAGCACCUACAUGCAUUUCGAAGCUCAUAAAGAUGGGGUCUAAUUUGCAUAAAAUGGAUGAGUCGGGACAUGUGCCCGUAUUCAAUGCUGCAUUUUCACGUAAUAGAGAUGUCUUAAAGGCUUUACUAGAUGCAAAUGCUGACAUUAAUUAUGGUAAUAAUGGGGACUCUUCUCCAUUGUUCACAGCAACAUCUUUGAACCACCUCGAUGCAGUUAAAAUUUUAAUAGAAUUCGGUGCCUCCGUGAAGAAAGGUAAAAGUGACAAUACGACGCCUCUUUUCAGAGCGACAGAGAGAGGCAAUCUAGAAAUUGCAAGAUUUCUCGUUGAAAAGGGGGCGGACGUGAACCUAUGUGAUAACUUGAAAAGAUCACCACUACAUGGAGCUUCAAGGCGACGAUUUCGCAAUAUUGACUUUAAAGUCAUACAAGAACAACAUUGCCAAGUUGUGAAACUACUCUUGAACAAUGGCGCUAGAGUUAACGCAACAGACAAAUACAAUCGAUCGCCAUUAUUCCUUGCAUCCAAGAAAGGUUACUAUGAACUCGUAGAUGUUCUCUUGCAGCAUGAUGCUGACCCUAAUAUUGUCGAUUCAUUUCGGAGAUCUCCUCGCUUUGUAGCAUCACAGAAUGAACACACAAAUAUCGUUAAUUUGUUGUUGAAGUAUGGUGCUUAUAGAUAUCUCAUGCCAACAUGGAGCUACCAACUCCGGAAAAUUGCAUUGCACUCAUUUUAUGUAUUUGUAUUAGUAUUACAGUCGUAUUGUGUCUUGUGUGUGCCAGUUUGGUUAACUUAGCAUAUAUAUCUGUACCCAAUUGAUGCUAUCUUUACAUUCAAACUAGUGAAGUUCUUCAUGUUUAACAUAAAUAGACUUCCAGAUCUUUUUAUCUAAAAAUCCAUAAUCGAGUAUUCGAGUUGGAUUCUACUAAAAAUUAAAAAAAGACAUCGUGACUUCACAUUAUAAUUUCAUGUACAUGCAACCGUUACUAAAUGAAGGUUUUGAUUGGGUUUACAGAAUAGAGAAUAAAGUACCAAUACUACAGAAUAAUGUGCCAAAAAAUAAUGGAUACAGAUAAAUAGGCCACAAAAAAUAAAGAAUAGAGAAUAAGUGGUGCUAAAAUAUGAAGAUUGGAGAAUAAUUGCUUAAAAAAAGGAAUGAAUACAGAAUCGAAGAACCCCAUCCCCCCCCCUCCCCCAAUCCAGACCCUCCUCCAUAAAUCUUAUCAAAGAACACGUGUAUCUACUAAAAUAAGCUCGAAGUACUGGAACAGAAAUGCAGAACAAAAUGAGCAUGACGUUUUACAUAGAAUAUUAUAUAAUAUUACCAAUGAGACAACUGUCAACCAGAGACUUUGAUCAUCUUAGAAAUUGUAAUUAACGGAAUCGAAAUGCCAAUCUGAAAAAACAAUAUGAAAGCAGUUUAUAACGAUUGUUUGACAUUUAUUUUUCAUAAAAAUAAAAUGUCAGCCUAAAAGUAGAUCGGAAGGACAUGUAUUAGAUUUGUUUCUCAAUUAUCAAAAUUAUAAUCACGUAAUAGAUCCUUAGACGCGUUUUCGAAAUAAAUCUGCAAAUUUUGGUAAUUUUCUUAUAGUUUUUAGACCAUCAAAUAUAGAUCACACGCAAGUACCAACUGAACAAGAUACCACAAUGUUUGCGGUUACCUAUAUAUAAGAUGCUUACAUCCACGUCAGAUAGACUAUGAAAAAUAAUUGACUCAUUUGCAAUCAUACCACAUCUUCAUGUUUUUUUAAUAUUUUGUAAAUAAAAAAGUCUUUCAUGGAAUUUUGUUCUUCCAUGCGCACUAUAUUUCCACCUAACAAACGUGUGUGAAUAAAUGCUUAUUUUGUCCUGUUUGUAUAACAUUUGAAUUUUGCUAUCUUUUAACUGUAAAUAUUCUUAAAUAUUCAUACUAUUUAAAAGACAUUACAGUUUCAGCUUUGCAUAAUUAACAAUUAUAUUGAAGAUAUAAGCCCCUGAUUUUGUAUUUACAUAAUUUUCUUAGGCCGCAAAAGUGCCCUCAGCGUGCCUCCUUAUUCAUCUUAUCGUAAAAUGAGUUGCUGUAAAUCGAUGAAUGCGGGUUACAAUGGUGAAUAAAAUGGCUGGGCGCAGCUUGAUACGACCACUGAGGUCUAACCCUGAACAGUUGGGGCAAGUAUGAACACUACGUGCAAGUUUGAUACAGCUCUGGUUUUGGAUUGUGAUUAUAUAUUUGACAUAGCAUAGGGUUCUGACACAGAAUGAAUGUGGUCGAAGAACUGAAAAAAUUAAAAUUGGACUUUUACCUAUCAAGUCCCAAUUUCUUAAAUCUAAAUACAUGGUUAGAUUCGGGUUAUCAUAGAACCCUAAGAAUUUAAUGUUGGAUGAAAUCAAACAAACUUUAAUUUUGGACAACACUGUGGUCAAAUUUGAUAACAGGGCCCUGAAAAUCCAAAAUCUAAAUACAAAGAUAGAUUUAGCACAUUAAAGAACGUCAUAUAGUCAGUUUUUGGACUUCCAUUUGGACAGAUUCAGCAUAUCCAAGUAUACAAAGAAAUUAAUAUAGGAGUAAGAUCAUGAUUGGUUCAAACUGGCCCUAAGAAUUUGAUGUUUUAUUUUUAAAUCAGGCCAAAAUACUACAAAUUUCAAAUAGAAAUGGUUGCGAUGUAACUAUUAAUACAAGGUCAUUUUUUUUUUGACACAUCACAUUGAAAAUGAGGAAUAAAUUAUCCCUCUAGUAUGCCUUAUUUGUGUGGAAACGUCAGUUUUUUGUAAGAUCAAUAUUUCUAACAGUUUUUUACAUAAUUGACUUUGAACGCUAUCCCUAAUCCAGAAUGUUUUAUGUCUAGGGAUUGAAUAUCCUGAUUGGCAACUUUUGGCUACUGAACAUUUUGGAUCCUAGGUGGCGGCCAAGGGUGGUGAAAAUUAUAGGAUGUACAGGCAGCUAAAAUAUGUCGCGUCUCAAAUUC